AUGAAAGCACCCUGCUUGGUUGUCCUCCCUGGUCACGCUGGCCCUCUUUCCAGUGACAAGCCUUCUUCCCCACUGCCUAUCUCUAAACUGUUCUUUUGGCAUCUAGUGGGUACUACAGGUUCUCCUCCAGUGAUCCUCAAUGCAGUCCUCCUGUCUCCUACUUCUAGUUUGGCCUUGACUAAGAAGCGACCAUCUGCCUCUACUUUCGACCCAGAACAAGAAUCAUGUAUGGGUAAUGCCCUCCGCCAGUCCUUUGCUGAAUCUCGGCAGUGGCGUUGGUCUAACCCACCAUCGUCGCCCCGCCCAACGAAGGCACAUAAUUCACCUGACCAAUUGAUGCCCAGAACGUGCUCUUUGAUUCCUACUAGUGUCACUCCACCUGUGACCCCUACUCUCCGUGGGUCCGAGAUUUCUCGGUCCCCUCACCAAGACACGCAGAUUUCCCCACCGCCUCCCAUACCGGUGACUUGCCUUGAUUUAGUUUCGUAUGUGCCACCACUUCAAUGGGACUCUGAUCCAGAUGGGGAACGCGUGCUGAACAAUGAUUCAGUAGACGAUCCUGGCUUACAAUUGCCACCCUUGGAGGCUCUACCGAUGGAAUGUAUGGCGCCUUAA